AAAAGAAAUGUAAUGCGGUGUAUGUGUUUAAUUUAUAAGAUGUACUUUUUUGAAGUAAUAGAUAACGCAUGUAUUAUUUACUGUAUCUUUCAAUGUUAACAUGUUUCAUAUGAUGACAACUGCGCUGAGCUGGAAGUCGACCACAUCUCCCAUAAAGCAUUGCAAAUUACAACAUCUUUGCUAAAACGAAUCGAAUUGGUUAUUUCUUCACUGCAAGAAAUGCAAUUGGAUUGAAGUGUGCAUGGAGUUGUACAAGCUGAGGUUCGGCUCCCUGUAGACGGUGAUGGCCCCAGGUGAUAUGGUGCCGGAACAUGCCAAGCAGCAUAAGCUCAAGCAGGAGAAGGAGAAGCUUCAGAGCACCACCAGGCCUGAUGGAGACUCUGAGCCAGAUGGAUCUUUUGUCUUUGAGGCCCACGAGGCAUGGAAGGACUUCCACAACUCUUUGCGCCAGUUCUACGAAUUGGGGGAGCUCUGUGAUGUUACACUGAAGGUGGGAAGCAGGCUGAUACCAUGCCACAAGCUGGUGCUGGCCUGUGUCAUCCCUUACUUCAGGGCCAUGUUCUUGUCUGAGAUGUCAGAGGCCAAACAGGACCUGAUAGAGAUCAAGGACUUUGACGGAGAUGCCAUCCACGACCUGGUGCGUUUUGCCUACUCCUCCCGCCUGACCCUGACAGUGGACAACGUGCAGCCUCUUCUCUAUGCAGCCUGUAUUCUGCAGGUGGAGUUGGUCGCCAGGGCCUGCUGUGAGUACAUGAAGGCACACUUCCACCCCUCCAACUGUUUGGCUGUCCGCACCUUUGCCGAGAGCCACAACCGCGUCGACCUGAUGGACAUGGCGGACCGUUAUGCUUGCGAGCACUUCCGGGAGGUGGUGAACUGUGAGGACUUCAUGUGCGUGUCGCCUCAGCACCUGAGAACCCUGCUGUCCUCCAGCGAACUGAACAUCCACUCUGAGACACAGGUUUACAAUGCUGCUGUCAAGUGGCUGAAGGCCAACCCCCAGCACCAUGAGGCCUGGCUGGACCAGAUCAUGACUCAGGUGCGCCUCCCCCUGCUCCCAGUAGACUUCCUGACAGGCACGGUGGCCAAGGAGGAGAUGAUCAAAAGAAAUCUGAGCUGCCGGGAUCUGCUGGAUGAGGCCAGGAACUAUCACCUGCACCUCAGCAACAAGAUGGUGCCUGACUUUGAGUACUCAGUCCGCACCACACCUAGGAAACAUACUGCAGGUGUAUUGUUCUGUGUUGGUGGCCGGGGAGGUUCUGGUGACCCGUUCCGCAGCAUCGAGUGUUACUCCAUCAGCAAGAACAGUUGGUUCUUCGGGCCUGAGAUGAACAGCAGGAGACGCCAUGUUGGAGUAAUUUCUGUAGGAGGUAAAGUGUAUGCAGUAGGGGGCCAUGAUGGUAGUGAACACCUGGGCAACAUGGAGAUGUUUGAUCCUCUCACCAACAAGUGGAUGAUGAAAGCUUCCAUGAACACUAAAAGGAGAGGCAUAGCUCUGGCAGCUCUGGAAGGUCCUAUCUACGCCAUCGGUGGUCUCGAUGACAACUCCUGUUUCAACGAUGUAGAGAGAUAUGACAUCGAGAGCGACCACUGGAGUGCUGUGGCACCCAUGAACACGCCCAGAGGUGGAGUGGGCUCUGUGGCCUUAGGGAAUCACGUGUAUGCUGUGGGGGGUAACGACGGUGUGGCCUCUCUAUCCAGUGUGGAGAGGUUUGACCCACAUCUCAACAAGUGGACAGAGGUCAGGGAGAUGGGCCAGAGACGGGCAGGGAACGGAGUCGGCGAGCUCAACGGGUGUCUCUAUGUAGUGGGUGGUUUUGAUGACAACUCCCCGCUGAGUUCUGUGGAGCGUUUUGACCCCCGUCUGAGUCGCUGGGACUACAUCUCUGAGCUGACCACGCCCCGGGGCGGAGUGGGUGUGGCCACGGUUAUGGGUUGCGUGUUUGCGGUCGGAGGUCACAACGGGAACAUCUACCUCAACACAGUGGAAGCCUUUGACCCCCGUAUGAACAGAUGGCAGCUGGUGGGGUCGGUGUCUCACUGUCGGGCCGGCGCAGGAGUGGCUGUCUGCUCCUCUCACAUCAGCCAGAUCAGGGACGUGGGCCAGGGCUCCAGCAACGUGGUGGACUGCAUGUGACCUGUGAUCCCUGAGCUGACCACACCGACCAACUGCACGAGCAGACCAACCCAAGCACUCAACCACACUGUCACUGAACAGGAGCACUAGUGGUUGUUCCUUUAAGCACUGACUGGAGGGUUCUCCCCAAAGAUUGUAAGAGGAGCGCUGCACCACCUUGUGAACUAGCUGCGCCACUUUGAGAAAUAAAAUACUUAACAAUUAAAGUUAUCAUAUAAGGCAACUGUUUUUGCUCUAGAUUGCAGGAAAUGGCACUUACAGGUGUUAAAAAAAAAGUGAAAAUGGCUGAUAGUUGAGCUUUAGACAUCAUAUUAAACAGGCCUUGAAUAUCAACUUGUAUUUUAAGAGCAACAAGUUAGUACUUACAAUGCAUUCGGAAAGUAUUCAGACCCCUUGACUUUUUCCACAUUUUGUUACAUUACAGCCUUAUUCUAAAAUUGAUUAAAUAGUAUCCCCCCCUCAUCAAGCUACACACCAUACCCGAUAAUG